AUGUCACAUAGUGGAGUACAAUGUUUAGAUUUUAGUGGAAAUGAGAUUGAUUAUAUUUCUCAUGAACUUUUAAACUAUUUUCCUAACUUAAAGUUUCUGAAUUUAGAGAAAAAUAAAAUCAGUAAUAUUUCCUCUGGAGCUUUUAAAUCUUUCGUGGAACUCGUUGACUUAAACUUAUCAGGCAACAAAUUGAGGGAUUUACCGGAUGAUUUGUUCAAUUAUAAUUUACGACUCCAAAUACUAGACCUUGAUGAUAUCACUAUAGAAGACGAUGAAGAAAAUGCUCUGAAUCGAUUCCAAGAGUUAUCUAUCAUAAUCUUUAAAACAUUAAGGUACUGCCAGAUAUACGGAGUAUCGUCGUUAUCAGAUUUAUUAAGCAAGCCUUUGCUGCGAGUCGCGGUUUGGGGAAUUUCAGUUGUAACGCUUGUGGGCAAUACUCUAGUUCUUUGGGGCCGAUUUAUCUACAAGGACGAAAACAGAGUUCUGAGUAUAGUGAUUAGAAAUCUAGCAGUAGCAGAUAUGCUAAUGGGAGUGUACCUGUUAGCAAUCGGCUUAGAAGACUUUAAUCUUCGUGAUAUGUACAACAAGGAAGCAAACAAAUGGAUCUCUUCUUGGCAGUGCACAUUCUUAGGAAUGAUUGCAAUGAUUUCAUGCGAAGUUUCCGUAUUAAUUUUGUCAUUUAUGUCCAUCGAAAGAUUUAUAGUAAUAGUAAUAGCACCAUUCAGUGAAGCUCCUAGUUAUUUUACUUGCCGAAGUGUUACGACUUCAAUGAUAAUCAUUUGGAUAAUUGGAAUUUUAUUAUCCGUAAUUCCAGGAAUUUACUGGAGAGAGAGCACGAGAUUUUAUGGAUUGAAUGGAAUGUGUUUUCCUUUACAUAUUGAUGAAGCAUUUAUGAUCGGUUGGCAAUAUUCUGCCUUUAUAUUCCUUGGGGUAAAUCUUCUUGGCUUGAUAAUAAUCGGUUCCGUUUACUUGGGGAUGUUUCUUAGCAUUCGGCGAAUAAGACAAAAUACACCGCUAACUAUUGGAGAUUCAGAAAUUGCUUUGAGAUUUUUCUUUAUUGUGUUGACUGAUGCACUUUGUUCAGCUCCGGUUAUAUUAUUGAAAAUUUUAGCUUUGCAAAAGUAUCCAAUACUACCUUGUGUGCACGCUUGGGUCGUUGUUUUCAUCCUACCAGUCAAUGGAGCAAUUAAUCCAAUUCUCUACACUUUUACAGUACCUAAAUUUAAAAAACAAUUUAGUGAAUAUUGCUUUAGAAGAAUAUAA